UGUGAACCAGGAAACUCAGUUUUCUCUCAACAAUUGAGUCUGAGCAUAACUUCAUACGAAUUCACUAAUGACGAUGAUGGAUUUACACAUAUCGACGCAUUUAUUGUGAUAGUGAGGGAAUAUAGAGAGCAUCAGUAGAUUUGGGUUACAAUUGUCUUAUAUUGAAUACACUGCGGUAAUGUAAUAUUUGAACUGUGUCCGUCUAGCCUUAUCAUGUCAGGCAUAUUAAUCUUGGCAUUAGUGAUAUCUAUUCUAUCUCAUGGAUAUUAUGUCGGAGCAAGUGUCAGGUCUGCGAGGGAUGAGGUGAAUUUUGAGUCUGUAAAUCUGAAUGUAGACCUCUCUCGAGUACUCAAGAGAGUGAACGAACGUUUUUUGUCUGUGGCCAUAGAUGCGAGUCUCGUCGCUGAAGAGAAGUUCAUGUACCUUUUAGCGUCUCCAAAGCUGAGGACAUUGGCUAAAGCUUUAUCCCCAGCAUUUCUAAGAUUUGGAGGGACAAGACAAGAUUUCAUGACCUUCAACCCUGCAUUUUUACAUUCAAAUGAGUAUCACAAAAACUCUGUUUUUGAUGCAGAUGAUCUCUGUGAAAGGCUGGAGCUGCCCCCAAUACUGGAGGAGAGGCUGAAGCAGGAAUGGGCUCUACAUGAAGUACUUCUCCAGAAAGAGGACUUGCAGAGGAAGUACCGGAGUGUAAAGUUCACAGAGUAUGCAGUGGAUCUACUGUACUCUUUCACAAACUGCUCUGGAUUAGACCUCAUCUUUGGGCUCAAUGAGCUGCUCAGGACCACUGGCAACUCCUGGGACAGCAGCAAUGCCAGGACCCUCAUACAGUACUGUGAAUCCAAACAGUACAGCAUGGCCUGGGAGCUGGGCAAUGAGCCCAACAGUUAUGAGAAGAAGGCAGGGAUCCGGGUGAACGGAUACCAGCUGGGCCAAGACUUCAUUCAACUCCGCAGGAUUCUGCGGGAAUCCAAACUUUACCAUGACACUGGACUCUAUGGACCAGACAUUAGCCAACCCCGAGACCACCGGAGAGACUUACUGGAGGGGUUCUUGGAAAGUGGGGCAGAAGCAAUUGACGCAUGCACCUGGCACCAUUACUAUGUCAACGGAAGACACACAUCUUUAAAAGAUUUCCUAGACCCUGAGGUGCUAAACACUUUAGCCCUGAAAACACAUGAAGUCAUCAAGACCGUUGAUCUAGCAUCCCCUGGGAAGAAGGUGUGGCUUGGAGAGACUAGUUCUGCCUAUGGAGGCGGGGCUAAGGGGCUGUCUGACACAUUUGUCGCUGGAUUCAUGUGGCUGGAUAAACUGGGCCUUGGUGCAAAGCUUGGCUUAGAUGUUGUAAUCAGGCAGGUUUUGAUUGGAUCUGGGACUUACCACCUGGUAGAUGAUAACCUCGAUCCACUUCCUGAUUACUGGCUAUCAGUUCUGUACAAGAGGCUUGUUGGACCAGAGGUGCUGAGUAUAGAAGCCUUUUCCAUUUUGGGAAAGACGAAAAGAGUACGGGUCUACCUACACUGCACUAACAAGAAAAGUACAAGCUACAAAAGUGGAGCAGUCACAUUGUUUGCUCUGAACCUGAGUAAGAGCCCUGCUAGCAUCGCUGUGCCUGCCAUGGUCUCUAACAGCACUGUAGAGGCCUUCGUUCUUCAGUCUGAACAGCCUGGCGAGGAGGGACUCUACUCGAAGUCUGUGAAACUCAACGGAGAGGUGUUGAAGAUGGUAGAUGACCGAACUCUUCCAUCGCUCCAGGGAACUCCUCUUGCUGCAGGAGAACAUCUCAGACUGCCUGGUUAUUCCUUUGCCUUCUAUCUCCUCAGUGAGGCCCAGGCACUGGCCUGCCGAUGACCCCAACUGGACAGGAGGACUUGAGAAGAUGGAUGUAUAUUCACUGUCUAGACUAAGAAGGAAACACUUGACUAUUACUCUAAACACUGCUGUAUGUUUUUGUCAAAGAAUGUUAACCAGGUGAAUGUGGUGAAAGGAUUCAAUAUAUAUAUUUUUAAAUAACUUUGUUUUCAGCUACAGAGCCAGUCAAACGUUCCUUCAAGACUAUUGGAAAAUCAUUCCAGGUGAAGCUGGUUGAGAGAAUGCCAAGAGUGUGCAAAGCUGUCAUCAAGGCAAAGUGUG